AUGGAGAUUCGUUUAGAUGCAUCUGGUGGUCGGUCUUUUUCUUAUUUUUCUGAUGAACACAAUCAUCCGCUUCUGGAUCCUUGGUUGACUGGAUUGUGUCGUGGGCAUAGAUUUAUGUCCGAGACUAAUAUUGGCCACAUGAUUAACAUGAAAAAGGGUGGAAUUAAUGUUGGACAAAUAUACCGGGUAUUAGCAAACCAGGUAGGUAGCUCUGAGUAUCUCUCUUUCAUGCAAAGAGACAUGUAUAAUAAAAUAUCAAAGCAGAGGCGCCAGUUACUAGGUGAUGCAUAUGCAGCUUUGAAGUAUCUGGAAGAUCAAGCAACAAAUGACCCUUCUUUAUAUUUUAAUCAUCACAUGGAUGCAUGCCGAUGGUGGUUGUUACAACUAUUGAAGGUGGCAGUGAAUGAAAAAGCACCUAUUUCGGUUAUCAUGGAUGGUGAUCCAUCAAUGAAGUUCGCCAUUGAGAAAGAGUUUCCCAAUGCACAUCAUAGGUUAUGUGCAUGGCAUUUGAUUCGCAAUUGGUUUGAAAUGGUUGAGGGAUUUGGUGUCAAAAACAAGAAUUUGAUCCUAGAUAUGUAUAAGAAGAGACAUUCAUGGGAAAUUGCACAUAUAAGAGGGAAAUUUUUUGCUGGGUUUCAGACUACUUCUUAG